GUUGCACCGUCAACAGGAAGUGGACUGUCAUUCUGUCUGUGUCCUUGUAAGCUAACGAGCUAGUUAGCUGCCAGAAGAGGCAAACAAAUGUGUACCAUCUGGAAAGAUGAACUAAAACGUGCCUGACGAGAGAAUUGUUCAGAGAUUUGCGUGAACCUGCUGUUGAUAACAGCGUCAUGUUGCGUGUGGGGAGCAAAUCCGCCUGCAUGGCCUGCAGGAACCUGGUCUCCACCAACAUGGGGGUGAGAUUUCGGGUACCCCUGCAGAAGCUCCACCCUUUUUCCCGUGCCAUCCACCACCGUUACUCCAACAACACCAACCCUCAACGCACCCCUCAUCGCACUGCAGCCCGUUAUUUCACUUCCAUGUCACGGUUGCCCAUGAGAACUCCCAAGCCUCCCCCAGGGUCGGGAGGCCAUGGUUACCAGCAGCAGCGCGGUUUCUGGGUGGCCCGCCUCGCAGCAAGGCUGCUGAAGCUUCGGUACAUUCUGCUCGGCUCGGCAGUUGGAGGCGGCUACACAGCUAAAAAGACCUAUGAGGAGUGGAAAGACAUGCUGCCUGAUUUUAGCGAAUACAACUGGGUCAUUCCAGAUUUUGUCUGGGAACUGAGUGAACAAAUUGAUCUUGAUAAACUGGCCAAAGCUCUCCCAGAGAUAGAAGAAAUAGCCAAACUGCUACCUGACCUCGACAAAAUAGGAGAGAACUUCGCUUUCAUCAAAAGCCUCCUCUCCUCUGGUGUGAGUUUGGGUAGUGAAGUCAAAGGAGCUUCUGGUCUGCAGCUGUUGUUAGAAACCACAGGCGAUCCUCCACUUAAAGCCACAGAUUCAUCUGCAGCAACCACGCCAGAUAGCAGUGACAAGCAGUACAAAAAGGGUCUGCUGGGCGAGCUCAUUCUUAUUCAACAGCAGAUCCAGCGGCACGAGGAGGAGGUCCGGCGGGCCGCAGCUGCCAAUAAUGCGCGUCCCCCACCGCCAGAGCCUGCUCCCAGUCCGCCUCCGAACCCCAGCCCCCUUCAACAGAAACGCAAGUCAUCUGACAGAGAAAAGAUAGACCAGCUUCAAGAAGAUCUGCUCCGCACACAGUUAAAAUAUCAGCGCAUGCUGGAGAGACUGGAGAAGGAGAAUAAAGAGUUAAGAAAAGUGGUCCUCCAAAAAGACGAUAAGGGGAUUCACCAAAGAAAAGUGAAGAAAUCCCUCAUCGACUUGUAUUCAGAAGUUCUGGAUAUCUUGUCUGACUAUGACUCCAACUACAACACCCAGGACCACCUGCCCAGAGUGGUUGUGGUUGGAGAUCAGAGUGCUGGUAAGACCAGUGUGCUGGAGAUGAUAGCCCAGGCCAGGAUCUUUCCCAGGGGCUCUGGAGAGAUGAUGACACGCUCUCCCGUCAAGGUAACACUCAGUGAAGGCCCCCACCAUGUCGCCAUGUUCAAGGACAGUGGCAGAGAGUUUGACCUCUCUAAGGAGGAUGAUCUGGCUGCUCUGAGGCAUGAGAUUGAGCUGAGAAUGAGGAAGAGUGUGAAAGAAGGACAGACAGUCAGCACUGAGACGAUAUCCCUUAGUGUCAAAGGUCCUGGCAUCCAAAGGAUGGUGCUCGUCGACCUACCGGGUGUCAUCAGUACGGUGACCGCAGGCAUGGCAGCAGAUACGAAGGAAACAAUCUUCAGCAUCAGCAAGGCAUACAUGCAGAAUCCCAACGCAAUCAUCCUCUGUAUUCAGGAUGGCAGUGUGGACGCAGAGCGGAGCAUUGUAACAGACUUAGUGAGCCAGAUGGACCCUCAGGGGAAGAGAACCAUAUUUGUCCUGACUAAGGUGGACCUCGCUGAGAAGAACCUGGCCAGCCCGAGCAGAAUUCAGCAAAUAGUGGAAGGCAAGCUGUUUCCCAUGAAGGCUCUUGGUUACUUUGCUGUAGUGACAGGAAGAGGAAGCAGCAGUGAAAGCAUAGACUCCAUCAAAGACUAUGAGGAAGACUUCUUCCAGAACUCCAGAUUACUAAGGGACGGCAUGCUGAAGGCGCACCAGGUGACCACAAAGAACUUGAGUCUGGCUGUCUCUGACUGCUUCUGGAAGAUGGUUAGGGAGUCUGUCGAGCAGCAGGCGGACGUCUUCAAAGCAUCUCGCUUCAAUCUGGAGACUGAAUGGAAAAACAACUAUCCUCGUCUAAGAGAGCUGGACAGGAACGAGCUCUAUGAAAAGGCCAAAAAUGAAAUAUUGGACGAAGUCAUCAGUUUGAGUCAAGUGACCCCCCAACACUGGGAGUCUAUGCUGCAGAAGAAGUUGUGGGAACGUGUUUCUACUCAUGUAAUUGAAAACAUCUACCUGCCUGCUGCUCAAACAAUGGACUCCGGUACCUUUAACACCACCGUCGACAUCAAGCUCAAGCAGUGGACUGACAAGCAGCUUCCACAUAAAGCACUAGAGGUUGCCUGGGAGACACUGCAGGAAGAGUUUGCCCGCUUCAUGGCUGAAUACAAAGGCAAAGACCAGGACGACAUUUUCGACAAGCUGAAGGAGGCUGUGAAAGACGAGAGCAUCAAGAGACACAAAUGGAACGAGAGGGCCAUGGACAGUCUGAGGGUGAUCCAGCACAAUGCCCUAGAAGACAGGUCCAUCACAGAUAAGCCCCAGUGGGAUGCAGCCAUCGGGUUCAUGGAGGAAACCCUGCAGUCACGCCUCAGAGACACUGAGUCAGUCAUCAAGGAUAUGGUCGGUCCAGACUGGAAGCAGAGGUGGCUCAACUGGAAGAAUCGCACUCCAGAACAGCACAUUCGUAAUGAAACGAAAAAUGAGCUGGAGCGCCUGCUGAAGCUUCACGAUGAUCACACAGCCUACUUGGCCAAUGACGAGGUCACCACGGUUAGGAAGAACCUGGAGGGACGAGGGGUUGAAGUCGACCCUGUGCUGAUCAAGGACACAUGGCAUCAGCUGUAUCGCAGACACUUCCUGAAAAAUGCCCUGUCCCACUGUAACCUCUGCAAGAGAGGUUUCUAUUACUACCAGAGACACUUUGUUGACUCUGAGUUGGAGUGCAAUGAUGUGGUUCUUUUCUGGAGGAUCCAGAGGAUGCUGGUCAUCACAGCCAACACUCUCAGACAGCAGCUCACCAACACUGAGGUGCGUCGGUUGGAGAAAAACGUAAAGGAGGUGCUGGAUGACUUUGGGGAAGAUUUGGAGAAGAAGACCCAUCUUAUCACCGGUCGCCGUGUCCAGCUGGCAGAGGAUCUCAAGAAAGUUCGGGAGAUCCAGGAGAAACUUGAAGCCUUCAUAGAAGCUCUUCACAAGGAAAAAUAAGAGAAGCCGGAACUGUUUAAAGUAAAUCUAUGGAUCACAACAAAGAAAUGCACUGAACAAAGACAACAAAAUAUGUUAAUGACCUUCGACCCGUCAUCACCAUGCUCCUCCACCACCCACCUGAUUUUAAAACCUGUCGCUUGGCUUCCUGUCCCCCCUUGCUGCAGAUGAAAAGAUGGACCUUAACAGGAGGAAAAUAGGAAAAGACUGAUGUCACGCUUUCUCAUAGACUUUACUGUCCAGGGGGGACUUCUGUAUAGGAGCUGUAACCAGAAAGAAAAUGAGGAGUUUGGACACCUGACCACUCAUUUUCAAUAAAUGAAGACUGGGAACACAUUGAUCUUUUUUUUUUUUAGCUGAUGGUAUCUGUGUAUAUGUGAUUAGAAGUGUGUAAACUCUGAUCUCUGUACAAAGACACACCAUUCAUACUCCUGAUGGGUUUCAUACCUUCAUUACGCCUGGUGCUCCUGAAACACACAAUGACACCUACCUGGCACCCCAGAAUCUUCGUCCAUUUUACAUUCACCUUUUUUUUUUUUUUUUGUCGCACUUCAGAUCCAAAGCACUUAAGUUUUACCUCCGAGCUGCAGCUGUACUCUUCAUUUACUCUACCCCUUAAUGAUAGUGUUUAUUUCAAGAAAUUCUUACCUUCAAUCCACGAGGCAAAAAAAGCAACUACUUGGUGGAGUAUUCAUCUUCCCUCCCCUCACAUCGGCACCUUUUGUUUGCAUCAGUUUGUACUCACAAUCACCUCUGGUGUUAGUGGUAACAAUACUCUGUAAAAAAUGUCUUUCUCUUUGAUUUGAUCUUUGGGGCUUUUUUUUGACGAUACAUUUUUUUAUAUGCCUGCCAAAUGCACAUACUUUACCUUUUGUUUUGUCUUUGUCUGCGUGAGUGUGUGUGUGGUAUUUGCACUUCCAUCUUCCUGCAUUAACAUUUGAUCUGUAUUCUCCGCAUGCUGCAAACCACAAAUGAUAAUCAAACUUCCACAAAAGCAGGAGAACACUCCUUUAAGAUGAUUCAAAUUAUUAUUAUUAUUGAACAUAAAUGCAGGAUGUUUCUAGAUGUUGACUCGUGUUUUGAACACAGUACAACAGCUUUCUAACUGAUGAUGUGAUCAAGAUGGAGACAUCAGUCAUGAGCAUUACAUCACAAGCUAAAAAUACAUUGUGAACUUAUUUGGAGUUAGAUUUGAUUUGAAAAACAACGACAGUCAAUUUUUAGAUUUCACAUCUGUACCUUUUGAUCUUGGGUUUAUACCUCUCUGGUUAACUUUCCAGUCCAUGUUCACACAGUGUUGCUGUGUUUCUAGUCUUCAUCUGGUUUGAUAUCCUUUUUUUCAUUUGGCAGAUCAGUUAUUUCUACAUACAUUUUUGCAGCACAGAUAUUCAUUUUUACAAAGCCUCUUCUGUUUCUGAGUGGUGGUUGAGUUCCCAUUCUUCUCGCUGCUUCAGCCAGGGGUGUAUGAUUUCAUACACAGAUCACACACCGAAACACCAAUCUAAACACUGGUAGUUCUCUUCCUUUGUAAAUGAUCAAAAACUGCCCUUUAAAGUCAAGAAAAAAGAAGAAUAUCUCACAUGCUGGUAGUUUUUAAAUGUGACUGCGUUUGUCUUCUCACUGAUUCAUCUUGAAGUCACUAUCCAUGACGGGAUGUGUCCACAAACACCCCUAAUCUUCUGCUCCUUCCUCAACUCUUUCAUUACCCUUGUGAUCAUCUACGUUCUCUUCCUAGCUUGUAAAACAGUCUAUAAUGUGUGACUGGCAAAAGGGGGUCAGCAAAUGUGCUAACCCUAGCCCAGUCAUUCAUUCAUGUGUAUAUGGGUAUAAAUAUAUAUAAUAAGCCGUGCAUUCUGUACAGGCAGAGUAAGAGGGAAGUCAUGGAUCUAUUAUCAUGUACAGCAUACAUACAGAGUGAGCCACAUGUAACAGAGAACUGGUGUGUUGGUUUCGAAACGAUGUUUUAUGUUGUAGAAAGUAAUGUUUGCAUGAUGCACCCCAUCAGAUGUGCUUUAUUUAUUAAAUUUGUGUUGAAAGGAAAAAGUUAGAAUAAAAUUGACUUAAAUAAAAAGGCCUUUUUUU